GACAGAUGAUGCUCUUGAUGGGCAUGAUCACGACCUCCCUGUGGAUUUGGCGAAGUUGAGUUUGCGCACCGCUGAUGAAGUGAAGGAGAUUCAAGCGGCGACUUUCCGUACGAUACUAGUCCCAGCAGACUGCCACUUCGUUACGCUACCACUGCGUUUGCGGAUCGCACUUGGGACGAAGGUCAUGUACGCUCGCAUGCAGAAGACGUUUGACAAGAAGUUCAUGCGGUUCUACUUUUCCGCGCAUCCUGCAAUGGAGGGCAUCCUGGACAUCGUAAUGGCAGCCUUGACCAAGGUUGGUGGGCAGGAAAAAUAUGGCACAGCUCCGAAGUCCAGCUUAGAGCGGGACAUUCAGGCUAAGCUUGACGCUUUGACGUAG